GCUUUCAACGAAAAUCAGCGUGAUAAACCAAACUUGCAAAAAACAAAACAUUUGAUCUCGUGUUGUUACCGCGUCAAACAAGGCUAUUGCGUUGCAGCUUUCAUGUACAAAUAUCGCAUUCUCACUUCCAGAAACGUUGAUCAAACAUUCUAAUGUUACAUGUUUAAAGCCAGCUAUCUAACUAUCUACAACACUGUAUAACUGCAACCUGAAUAUACAGACGUGUGUUAGUUAGCUAGUUUCAGUAAGCUACCUGCCAGUAGAUCUGUGUGCAUUGAGACAGACUUAUUUCCACGAAUCUGGCUUAACAUAUGAUGUUCUCUUGUCCUCAUCUCUGCCUAUUCCACAAUUUCCUACUCCAGAGAUGAGUAGCUGUUUUCUGGAUGAGGAGACGUUCUGUCAGUGCUGCCAGCUUCUCCUCCAACACUCCCACUCCCUCUGUGACGGCUGGAGCUGGGAACAAGUGAAGGGUUCUGAGGAGGGCUACCUGAGGAAGACUGCCCUGGGGACCGGCAGAACCAGAUGUAACCUGGACCAGCAAGGAAACAGUUCAGACCAGCACCAGGAGAGGACCUUCUCCCUCUCUUUCCAUAAUGAUGAUGAAGAUGAUGAUGGCGCAGUGUGUUGUAUACAGGAGGAGAGCAGUAGUAGCAGUGUCGUUCAGUAUGAAUACCAUAUCCUCUACUCCUGCAGCUACCAAACUCCUGUCCUCUACUUCAGAGCCUCAACCCUGGAGGGUAGGAGUCUCUGUCUCGAGGAGGUAUGGGACAGUGUUCAUCCUAACUACAGACAGCGACUACAGCACAGACCCUGGGACACAAUCACACAACAGGAACACCCGUUGCUAGGCCAGUCGUUCUUUGUGCUCCACCCCUGCAGGACAGAAGAGUUCAUGAUGCCUGUUCUAAAAGCUGCCCUGGACGAACACCGACAGGUGAACUACAUUGUGACCUGGCUCAGUGUGGUGGGUCCUGUUGUGGGACUGGACGUUCCUCUGAGCUACUGUACACAGGUACCUGAACCCCCGCACACCCCCUCCAGCUCUCCACAGCCCCCCUCCAGCUCUCCACAGCCCCCCUCCAGCUCUCCACAGCCCCCCUCCAGCUCUCCACAGCCCCCCUCCAGCUCUCCACAGCCCCCAGCCCUAGGGACAAAGCCAGGCUGAAUGGUUCUCCCAUAAUUCCAAAGCGAAUUUCCAUUGGAGCCAGAUUUGACAUCAGCUUGAGAUGUGUUGAUGAGGCCUGUCCAGUGGGCAUGAGAUGGAGGACAUGGCAGCUGCUUUUCACAGCAAGUCUCUAGAGAGAACCGUUACAUGAAGCACUGCUGGCACCUAGUGGUGAGAAACAUUACUGCAAUUCUACAGGCCUGUCAGAACUGCUAGGUUGAAUCAGAUCAGGUGAUGGAUGAGAAGAGGGAGCGGGGAUGACGUAUAGAUCUGGGACAGGGUCUUACUAUGGGCUUCAGUGCUGAUACCUGUGAAAGGGUGAAACAUGACACUUCUCCUUUUGUCAGAGCAGACCUGGUCUUAGGAGGCUAGACAACCACAGCGCAACGAAAGAGAUGUCUAUUGAUUUCUAUGGGAGCUACUCUGUCUUUGACAAAGUUGUUUUGGAAUAAGACAAAUGAACGUCUAUUUUGUCCCUGGAAAGGGGACUGAAGAUGACGUCAGAUGUAACUUAUGUUCCCUAUGACCUUAAAGUUAAGUACACCUCUAAUUAUCACCUAACAUGUCCAACAAUCAUGUCGGAACUUUUUGAUUUCUUUGCAAUAAAGUUGAUGACAAACACACUGUU